CGAUCCACAUUUUCUAUCUUCUUUUCUCACUUAAAGUCACAGUAAAUCUUUUUUUCUGCAGACACAAACUAGCACUUUGAUUAGCUAGGACGACAAUAACAAAAUGUCGUCUUGUAAAUGGAACUUCAGGGAGGAAGGAGUCUUUUCAUUAUUCGACAAAGCCCGUUGGGAUGUACGCUUCUCAAACGUUUUGAUUCGUGCGGAGUAAAUUUCAGUGCAAUACACUACCGGGAUCACCGAAUUAGUUAUCACCGGAACGGGUGCAGCAUCGAACAAUGGGCUUUUUCUCGGUGUUUUUCUUACUAUUGUAGAAGGAGGGGAGAAACGGCAGUGUCACCAUCCCUAUCACUAACGAGAAACUCUCAUGAACAAAAUUCUAUUGAUCCUUAUACUUUUACACACUCUAACCACAUAUAUUCCAUAUUCAGUAUCACCCAUAUAAAUAUUGACAUUCAACGAAAAAUAAAGAGACAUCUUUCUUCCCACAAUAGGAUUGCAGAGGUCCUGCGUGUGAGCAUUACCGUGUGUAUACUGUAUCUUUAUUCAGUUCUUGAGGUAGUGGAUCUAUCGUGUCCCAUAUCCCUUUGAUUGCUAUCUGUAUUCCUGUCUGCCUGUAUUUUGUAUCCUGGCUUGCAUCUUAGUAUAGUUGGGACGAUUUCUAUCUUUUCCUGAGGCACUGUUGUUGUACCCCCUAUUAC